GCGGGGCGGUGACGCACCGGUCGUGACGCACGGCGGGCGGGUUCCGGUUCCGGGCGCCCCUUUUCUCGUCAGCGAGGGCGGCGGGCGCGGCCAGUGCCAAGAUGCAGAUCUUCGUCAAGACACUGACGGGCAAAACCAUCACCUUGGAGGUAGAGCCCAAUGACACCAUCGAGAAUGUCAAGGCCAAGAUCCAGGAUAAGGAAGGGAUCCCCCCGGACCAGCAGCGCCUGAUUUUCGCGGGCAAGCAGCUGGAGGAUGGCCGCACCCUGGCAGACUACAACAUCCAGAAAGAAUCCACCCUCCACCUGGUGCUGCGCCUGCGGGGGGGCAUCAUCGAGCCCUCCCUCCGCCAGCUCGCCCAGAAAUACAACUGCGACAAAAUGAUCUGCCGCAAGUGCUACGCCCGCCUGCACCCCCGCGCCGUCAACUGCCGCAAGAAGAAGUGUGGGCACACCAACAACUUGCGCCCCAAAAAGAAGGUCAAGUAGAGGGGGGCAGGGGUGGACCCUCCCCUCCUCACCCUCCCAAUAAAGCAUCGCAGCGCUCCGA